UGAAGACUGCUAGAUAAUAAAUUAUUAGCGGAACUGCAUUUUAAUUUUAGAAAGUGCAAAUCUGCUUAUGAAUUAUAAAGAUUAAUAAGACUGCUAGAGCGCAAAUGAAAUAUUUAAGUCCGCAAUUAGCAGAUAUGCAUUUUAGCGGGCUGGUGCCCACGAGUGUGAAGUGAAAAUCCUGAGUAUCACAUAGUGGGGUAAGUUGAUUCAGAGUAUCUGCUUUAACCCAGGCUUUGUUAAGUCUGCUCUGUGAAACGGGGCCCUGAUGGCACAAUAUGAGUGUUUGUUUUAAAAUAAUUGGACUCAUAGAUGCAAUGUUUCCCAGCUAGAGUAAAAAACAACAACUCUUCAUCAUGACAGUGUGUACAGCUUCAGCCUCUUCCUCCGCAGCCCUCCAUCCUACAGCAUCAACUCUCCUCAGGAGAUCCAGCUUCUGGCCAUGGCAGAGAACUUCCAGCAUCAGUACCUGCACCUGUAUCCUGACAGGAAGCCGCUGCUGCUCUUUCCUCUGAACGAAUGUGGCGUCAGGAAGUUUGUGUCGACAACUCUGCGGCCCACAACAACGGCGCACUACAAGCUUCACACCUGGCAGGGCUGUGCUUCGUUUGUGUCUGACUUCCUGUCACUGGAGCCCUUGGAUCCACCUACAGAGCUGGAAAGUGAGUGUCAGCGACCUGCCGACCCCCUGCAGGGGCUUCGGGUCCACUGCUGGGUUUUGGUUCGGUCUGGGAGUCGUGGCGUCCAGGAGAACUUCUUCAUCGACCCUCUGACUGGGACCAGCUCUCCGACCGACAGCGCUGACUUCCUGGGUGUCGAGUGCAUCUGGAACCAUCAGAACUACUUUGUUAACAUGCAGGACUGCAGCGCCGGCUGCACGAACAUGGUGUUUGACCUGGAGGACUUGAACCUGUGGGAGCCGCUUCUGUUUGGGGCCACCAGUAGAAAAAAGCUGAUACCUGAUGU